AAUUUUUAAAUUUGGAGAAUGAGGGUUUAAUGAUUAGUUUCCCUCCAAUAUCCUCCUCACGCACACCUACUCUCCACUUUCAUUCUCUUUCGUUUUGGGUAUCACUCAAUAGUUUCAUCAUUUGCUCUUCGGCGCACGCAAUCAAACUCCAAAACUCUCCUCUCAAUCAUACAAAUUUUUGUUUUUGCUGGAAAUUUUUUUUUCAGCAACUGCAACUUUCUUUUCCUUUCUUAUUCCAGACACCUUAAUUUGCCAAAGUUUUAGGGUUUCGCCACUUCUCAGUAAAAUGGAGUAGUGGGUCCCUCAUCCGUUGAAAAUCCACGUCACUUUUCUCAUCUUAAAAGGAGUGGACCAGAUCCGUUCUUCCUAGAUUAGAUAGAAAUUUGAACGUUAACCUUUAAUUCGACCCCAUCUAUUUAAAUUAAACUCUCCCAUUUAUCACAAGCUCCUUCAAACUAGUCGUUACACGCCUGAUAUUCACACUCUCUCUCAAAAUCUCCAUCUCUGUCAUACUCUAAUGGCAGCGUCUUUGGAGACACCCUCACCUACCCACCUCAACAAGGAAUCACCUCGCUUGUUAAUGGGUUCUCCUAUCUCCAGUCCCUCUUCAGACAUACGAUUCUGGAAUACCCUCCAUGGCCGCGUAGACGCGCUUCUUGAGGAUCAUAACUUCAAAGUCUCAACCGGGCAACUUCCCCCAAAUGAUGAUCGAGCCCAAAAGAAUGAUAAAGAUUCUGGACGUGCAAAGCGAUUGAAAGAUGACACAUUGCUUUUGAUGAGAGGGUUUGACUCAGUUGCUCACACUCUGUCUCAGCUAUCUAACCAUUUGGACAAUGCUCUUCAGGGAGCUAAUGAUCUAGCUAAACCACCCACCUUAACAGAACUAUUCCACAGUAGCUUGGAGGAGUCAGCCAAUAACAAGGAAGAACUUUUUGGAAAACAAGAGAAUGAGUUAGGUCCCAACAAAGGAUUGAAAAGAAAGUACGAAACCAGCCAUUGCUCAGAGAAUCAAGAAGAGGGGCCAAAAGAUGAAAAAGAGAAGGAUCCGAAAGAUGGAAAGCUGAAUAAAGCCAAAAACCUAGCAGUUACCAUGGCAACAAAAGCAGCUUUACUUGCGAGGGAAAUGAGGUCAAUAAAGUCAGAUUUAUGUUUCAUGCAAGAGCGGUGCUUGCUGCUGGAGGAGGAGAACAGAAGGCUUAGAGAUGGAUUUGCCAAAGGGAUAAGACCUGAAGAAGAUGAUCUGGUGAGACUUCAAUUGGAGGCAUUGCUAGCUGAAAAAUCCAGAUUGGCAAACGAAAAUGCAAAUCUGAUAAGGGAAAACCAAUGCCUGACUCAGCUUGUGGAGUAUCACCAACUGACCUCUGAAGAUUUUUCUUCAUAUGAACAAGUUGUACAGGGAAUGUGCUUAGACUUCUCGUCUCCACCACGGCCCAUUCCAGAAGAUCAUGAGCAGCCUACUGAUGAGGACCAUGGUGACUCCGAAUGCUUUCAAACACCUGCAGGUAAACAUUUUGGCUUAGCCGCGGAUCUCGACGAGUGUGUACCACACAUUGAGGGGGCAGCAGUAUAGUAAAUGGGGUUGACAUUUGAGUUAUGAAUGCUGUGCCUGCCGGGGGCAGUAAGUAGCAGUUGAUUAGCUGUAACGGGUUGAUCUUUUUGCAAAAUUCUUUCAUUCUGGGUUCGGAAAUAAAGUUUCUUCUAUAUAUUUUAAAUGAUAAUAGACAAUUGGGCCACUUUUCAA